GCGCGCGGGGUAUUGUGGGUCGCCGCACUCUUGUUGCCGCCGCGCCUGCUCGCGACUCGCCAUGUCGGGGUCUCCGGUUAAGCGUCAGAGAAUGGAGUCCUCCCUGGACCAGCUCAAGCAGUUCACUACCGUGGUGGCCGACACGGGUGACUUCCACGCCAUUGAUGAAUACAAGCCCCAGGAUGCCACCACCAACCCGUCUCUGAUCCUGGCUGCAGCACAGAUGCCUGCUUACCAAGAACUGGUGGAGGAGGCCAUUGCCUAUGGCAAGAAGCUGGGCGGGCCACAAGAGGAACAAAUUAAAAAUGCUAUUGAUAAACUUUUUGUGCUGUUUGGGGCAGAAAUACUAAAGAAGAUUCCAGGUCGUGUUUCUACAGAAGUAGAUGCGAGGCUUUCCUUUGAUAAGGAUGCUAUGGUGGCCCGAGCCAGGCGUCUCAUCGAACUUUACAAAGAAGCUGGGAUCAGCAAGGACAGAAUCCUCAUCAAGCUCUCCUCAACCUGGGAGGGAAUUCAGGCUGGAAAGGAGCUAGAGGAGCAGCACGGCAUCCACUGCAACAUGACGCUGCUCUUCUCCUUCGCCCAGGCAGUGGCCUGCGCUGAGGCAGGCGUGACGCUCAUCUCCCCCUUUGUGGGACGUAUUCUUGACUGGCAUGUAGCAAACACGGAUAAGAAAUCCUACGAGCCCCAGGAGGACCCUGGGGUAAAGAGUGUCACCAAAAUCUACAACUACUACAAGAAGUUUGACUAUAAGACCAUUGUCAUGGGUGCCUCCUUCCGCAACACGGGUGAGAUUAAAGCUCUGGCAGGCUGUGACUUCCUCACCAUCUCACCGAAGCUCCUGGGGGAGCUGCUCAAAGACAACACCAAGUUGACACCUGUGCUCUCCAUCAAGGCAGCCCAGGCCAGUGACUUGGAGAAGAUACAUCUGGAUGAGAAGGCCUUCCGUUGGCUGCACAACGAGGACCAGAUGGCCGUGGAAAAGCUCUCUGAUGGAAUCCGCAAGUUUGCUGCUGAUGCCAUAAAGUUAGAGCGGAUGCUGACGGAACGAAUGUUCAGCGCAGAGAAUGGGAAGUAGUGCAACGCCUGAGCUAGACUCCAGGACCUGCACUGCCUUUGAUCUGGGGCCUAACUGCAUAUGGCUUGUGAUGGAUCUUAUGUUUUUUAGCAGUUGGAGCAGGGAUGGAUCACAGGUUUCUGAUUUUAUGUCAUUUUCCCUGAUUACGUGAAAUUUUGCCUAAUUCAUUAAAGCAGUUGCUUUUCCUAUGUUU